AUGAGGCCGGCACCGUUACCCAGGCCUUGGCACGCGGAAGAAACUGCACUGGGGCUCAUCGUGUUUCUUCCGCAGAUCCGGUGCGGCGACGGGAAAAUUUUCUGCGAGCGAGCUCUUCCCACCCGCGCCCCGACCCUCGCUCCCGCCAUUCUCCCGUAUAUCUCCCACCCUUGCUUUUCCAUCCAGGCCCAAUCCGCACCACCCCUGCUCCAAUCGUGGCUCCUCUCGCCGGUGCUUCUCCGACGGAACCAGAUGCUGACCAGGGAGAAGAGAAGUGGAGCGAGCGAGCGGAAGGUGCCGCCGCCGCCAUCACCAGCACCACCACCACAGCCAGUUCCAGCGGGAGCGCCGCCGCCGCCGUUCCCUUCGGUUCCUGCGGGAGCGCCGCCGCCGUUCACUUCGGGUCCUGCUGGGCAACUGCCGCCGGCACCUCUUGCUGCAGGAUGGGGAGGUUAUGUUAAUUUCUCUUCUGACCACUCUCCUGACCCAACAAGCAACAUCUCUGAUGACUGGGAUGACUUCCUCGCCGAGGAGGGAAUUUUUGAUGAUGUCAUCGAUGAGGCAACUCAAGUUCUGAUGUCAAGCUUAGAAGAUCUGCAUGAAGCUGCGUAUGAUCCUCGAAGUGCUCCAAGGAAGUACAUCAGAAGGCCAAGGGAGCAGUACCAUCAGCAUCUGGUUGAUGAUUAUUUCUCAGAUAAUCCUCUGUACCCGCCAAAUGUUUUUCGACGGAGAUUCCGUAUGUCCAGGCCACUCUUUCUACGCAUCGUUGAUGAGUUAGGAAAAUGGUCUGAUUAUUUCAUUACAAAGUUGGAUGCUCUUAAUCGUCAAGGCCUAACACCACUGCAGAAAUGCACGACGGCUAUUCGUCAAUUGGCUAAUGGUAGUGCUGCAGAUCAUCUAGAUGAAUAUUUAAAAAUUGGUGACAGUACUGGAUUAGAGGCGAUGAAGAUGUUUGCUGAAGGUGUUAUCGCAGUUUUUGGUGGACACUAUUUGAGGCACCCUACUGUGGAAGAUGCUGAGCGUUUGCUUAAAAUUGGCGAGAGUCAAGGUUUUCCUGGCAUGUUCGGUAGUAUUGACUGUAUGCAUUGGCAGUGGGAAAGAUGUCCCAAUGCAUGGAAGGGCCAAUUCACUCGGGGUGAUCAAAAAGUCCCAACCAUAAUACUUGAGGCCGUGGCUUCUCAUGAUCUUUGGAUUUGGCAUGCAUUCUUUGGAGUUGCUGGUUCUAAUAAUGAUAUCAAUGUUCUUAACCAAUCAACUCUAUUUAUUGAAGAGCUAAAGGGGCAAGCUCCUCAAGUGCACUACGCGGUCAAUGGAAAUCAGUACAGUACUGGUUAUUAUCUUGCUGAUGGAAUAUACCCUGAAUGGGCUGUAUUUGUGAAGAGCAUAUCCUUGCCGAUCACGGAGAAGGACAAAUUAUUUGCACAGGAACAAGAAUCGAAGAGAAAGGAUAUUGAACGAGCAUUUGGUGUCUUGCGACGUCGCUUUUGCAUUUUGAAGAGACCAGCUCGUCUACAUGAUCGAGGACAACUUGAGAAAGUUGUGCUAGCGUGCCUCAUACUUCACAAUAUGAUAGUCGAAGAUGAAAAAACAAAUGACAAUAUUGAAGAGGAUCUUGAUUUGAACGAGGCUCCAAGUACAACGACUGUUCAUGCACCAGCGUUCUCCCCUGAAGAUUAUGUCACAUUUGAAAGAGUACUAGAGAAGGAUGCUGAUAUUCGAGAUAGCUCAACCCAUAAACAACUUAAGAAGGAUUUGAUUGAGCAUAUUUGGAGAAGGUCAAGGGCCCGCCGAAACACAUCUUGA